CAGGAGGGGUACGCGGCGGAGGGGUACCCGCAGGAGGGGUACCCGCAGGAGGGGUACCCGCAGGAGGGGUACCCGCAGGAGGGGUACCCGCAGGAGGGGUACCCGCAGGAGGGGUACCCGCAGGAGGGGUACCCGCAGGAGGGGUACCCGCAG